AUGGCGCCGGAGGGCGGGGGCGGGCGCCCGGGCGGCGGGCCGGGCCGAGGGCGCCUCCUCCUGGCGGCGCUGGUGCUGCCGGCGCUGCUGUGGGCGCGGGGGGCCCGGGGCCAGGGCGACCCUCCGCGGGGCACGGUCCUGGGCAUGCGGCUGGCGAGCUGCAACAAGUCGUGCGGGGUGAACACGGACGGCAUCAUCUUCGUGUCCGAGGGCAGCUCGGUGAGCCUGCGGCUGUACGGCCAGCGCCUGGGCGCCGUCGCCAGCGGCCUGAUCUCCUUCACCGAGCUGGACGACAACGAGGCGGCGCGCCACUCCAGCGGCUGCCCGGAGCUGACCAAGGACCUGGUGGUGCAGCAGCUGGUCAACGUCAGCCGCGGGGGCACGUCGGCGGUGCUGGUGCUGCUGACCCGGUUCCUGCGGAGGAGCGAGAACGUCAAGCUGUACGCGCUGUGCACCCGGGCCGGGCCGGACCAGCCCUGGCAGAGGUGGACCGACAAAGACUCGCUGCUCUACAUGGCGCAGGAGGCCGGCAGCCUGCUGCCGCUCUGGCUGCACAUCGUCCUCAUCGUGGUGCUGCUGGGGCUGUCGGGCAUCUUCUCUGGCCUCAACCUGGGGCUCAUGGCCCUGGACCCCAUGGAGCUGCGCAUCGUGCAGAACUGCGGCACCGACCGCGAGAAGCGCUAUGCCCGCAAGAUCGAGCCCAUCCGGCGCAAGGGCAACUACUUGCUGUGCUCGCUGCUCCUGGGAAACGUGCUGGUCAACACCUCCCUCACCAUCCUUUUAGACAACCUCAUCGGGUCUGGCCUCAUGGCCGUGGCCUCCUCCACCAUUGGCAUUGUCAUCUUUGGGGAGAUUGUGCCACAGGCCCUGUGCUCCCGGCAUGGGUUGGCUGUGGGCGCCAACACCAUCAGUCUCACCAAACUCUUUAUGCUGCUCACUUUCCCUCUCAGUUUCCCCAUCAGCAAGCUCCUGGACUUUAUUCUGGGCCAGGAGAUUGGCACCGUUUACAACCGGGAGAAGCUGAUGGAGAUGCUGAAGGUGACGGAGCCCUAUAACGACCUCGUGAAAGAGGAGCUAAAUAUGAUCCAGGGUGCCCUGGAGUUAAGGACCAAAACCGUGGAGGAUGUCAUGACCCAGCUCCAAGACUGCUUCAUGAUCCCGAGUGAUGCCGUCCUGGACUUCAACACUAUGUCGGAGAUUAUGGAAAGCGGCUAUACCCGCAUCCCGGUGUUUGAAGACGAGCAGUCCAAUAUUGUAGAUAUUCUCUAUGUCAAGGACUUGGCCUUCGUGGACCCCGAUGACUGCACCCCCCUCAAGACCAUCACCCGCUUCUACAACCACCCCGUCCACUUUGUCUUCCACGACACCAAGUUGGACGCUAUGCUGGAGGAGUUCAAGAAGGGGAAGUCCCACCUGGCCAUCGUGCAGAAGGUGAACAACGAGGGUGAGGGUGACCCCUUCUAUGAGGUCCUGGGCCUGGUCACCUUGGAGGAUGUCAUCGAGGAGAUCAUCAAGUCCGAGAUCCUGGAUGAGUCGGAUAUGUACACUGACAACCGAAGCCGGAAACGGGUAUCUGAGAAGAACAAGCGGGAUUUCUCAGCCUUCAAGGAUGCUGACAAUGAACUCAAAGUGAAAAUCUCACCUCAGCUACUUCUGGCUGCUCAUCGCUUCCUGGCCACAGAGGUGCCCCUGUUUAACCCCUCGUUGAUAUCGGAGAAAAUCCUGCUGCGGCUGCUCAAAUACCCGGACGUCAUCCAGGAGCUCAGGUUUGACGAGCACAACAAGUACCACAGCCACCACUACCUGUACACCCGCAACAAGCCGGCUGACUACUUCAUCCUCAUCCUGCAGGGGAAGGUAGAAGUGGAGGCCGGCAAGGAGAACAUGAAGUUUGAGACGGGUGCCUUCUCCUACUACGGGAUCAUGGCCCUGGCCUCAGCCCCCUCUGUGCCAUCAGCCCAAGCCGGGUGUCCACCUGGCAAGCGCAACUCCCUGCUCUCCUGGCUCUCAGGUAAUGUGGUGUGCUGGAGAAGGUCAUGCCGCCACCUGUGGUCUGGCCCCACGCACCGCAGCUGCAUGAACCUCGCCCCAAAGGCACCUGGGCUGUCCCACCUGUUCAGACUUGCGGGCAGCCCGACUUGCACUGGCUGCUUGACCUAGUGCCCAGCUCCUGAGUGGCUUUGCUCCAGCCUGGAAGGGUCUCCUCAGAGGUCCUUGAGAAGACACACACAUGUGCUUACGCCCACAGACACACAGACUCACUCACAAGCACACGAUGACAGGCUGGAAGCAAGGUUCCCUUCUGGCCAGGCCACGUGUGCAUCCUGGAGGGUGUGAGUGGGUUUCUGAGCCACUCGCCAGGCUGCUGCCCUCUGAGUGCUGGUGGGAACAGAGCACAGCUGGCCUGCAUCCUCCCGAUGGAGGCCACUCACUGCCCUCGGGAUUACACGUCAGCUCGUCAGCUGCCUCUGAAAAACCUUCCACCUUUCUUCAUAGGCUUUGCUUUCCAUUUUGUUACUUGCAUGUGUCUGCCCGGGGAGCCGCCAGCGCAGCAGCCAGAGUCAGGCCGCCCCGUUUGUACCCCGUCUCCCCACUUACUAGCCAGAUGAUGCUGGGAUGUUAACUUCCUCUCCAAGGCAGGAUUUCCUUGUAGGUGAGGUGGGAGCAAUGUAUAUUCCCACCCCAGAGAGUUGUGAGGAGAGGAGUAAGUGAGCAUUUUAUAUUAGUCAUAUUUAUAAUAAUUGUUGGCGCAAUUAUUAUUUCUGUAUUUUCUCUAUUACGAUUAAAAUGUGACGUUCCAUUCAGAAAGUAUUUAGGAAAAGGCCAAUUUCCUCAGUCAAUUUAUAUUCAUAUCUGUUCCUGUUUCCCCUGAGUGGAUUCCGACUCAGAGCGACCCCAUGUGACAGAGUGGAACUGCCCCUCGGGUUUUCCUAGGCUGCAGUCUUUACGAGAGCAGAUGGCACUCGCCAGGACUCCUUGUAUAUUCAUAUAGUUGGGCUUUUUCCUUCUUAACUGCACCAGGACAUGCCUGUCUAUUUUGAACCUAAGAACAAACAAACCAAAAGAGGGUAAAAGGUGACUAGAAGCAGCCUUACUCUCUUUUGAGCUGCCCAGCGUCACCUCUUGCUUCCUGUCCUCCCUUUCUGCACAAAGUCUCGUCUCAUGAAUGUCCAGAAGGUGGUUGCAUCCUGAUGCGUUUACCUAAUGUGGUAACAGAUGUUUUUCCCCGAACUUCCAAGUUAAGCCCCACGGUGUUCGACUGGGCACACGUGCCCUCGUUUCUUAAUUCUUCCCUUUAGGGAUGUUCACAGUAUAACUCACAUGGUGAUGUGAGCCUCUUUAUGCAAAAAACCUUUUCUGUGUUCUGGAUUUUGUCCUUAGACUAUUCUUUCAGAAAUGGAAUUACUGGGUCAAAACCCCUUAUUUUUUGUUACGUUUAUUGUUGUGUUUUAACCAUAAAAGUAACAUAGGCUUAUUUAGAAAUUUGGCAAGUAGAAAAAAAGUAUUAAGAAAUUUUAAAAGCACCAUAAUUUCCUUUCUCAGAAACAGACACUUAAUAUUUUGUUCUAUUUCUUUCUAGGAUUCCUAUUUUUAAUAGGUCACGUCACUAAUUUGUGUUGGUGUGAAAUUCACUUCCUGUUUCUGAGGUGUUAAUGAGCAUUAACUGACAGGAUUCCAUCUUCUAAAUAAUUAAUAUGAAAUAUUAACCAGUACCCCUAGUGUCCCAGAGGUGUUUCUUAAGUUGGAAUGAGUGACCCACCAAUGGCUGUACCCUACCAGAUCAUGAACUAUUCCAGGCUGUUUUGGUGGGUUUCUGAAUGAAAACCCAAGCUUUACUGAAGCUCAGAGAUGGGAGCGUCACUGAAUUCACCCUCACUGCUCUGGCCCCUCAAUCUCCUGGAUUUCAAUUCGUUUGCUCCAUUUGCUGGCUGUUAGACUAGCCGACUAGUAGUCAGCUAAUGAGCAGAUGGGCUUGUUUACAGUCAGCGUGCCUUCGCAUUCCACUUCUUUGUGGAUUUCACCGCUUUCUAAGUGUUCCCAGAAAUAAGAGCUAGCAGUGUGCAGUACAGGGCGCAGUUCCUUUUUCAGACUAACCGGCGGUUCCAUCCCCAUUGGAGGUGGACGGUUUGCUGCCCUUUCCAGCUGGGAAUUGAUAGGAGGCCUGUGCUCCCUCUAGUGGUGGGAAGAGGCAGGCGCACACCUCUACUGCCUUGCGCUUUGUCUCAGGAGAGCCUGGGGAAGCUGUAGGAAGCUGGGGCACCCACGGCCACCCUCUCUGCCAGGCUGACGGGGCUCAGCAGACACAGGUGUAGGGGUAGGACUGUGUUUUGCACAGAGCAGGCCGUGUACAGGACACACUUUUGACCCUUUAAGAGCAUUUAAAGGAAUAAAGACAAGACUUACUGGUCUAACAGACUAGACAAACCCCGAGAGUAUGGCCUCGGACACCCUUUUAACUCAGUACUGAAAGUAGUUUGCUCUGUAAACCUUCAUCUAAAGUACAAUUUAAAAACAAGAAACAAAGAAAAACCCAGCCCAACCCAGUGCUGUCGAGUCGAUUCCGACUCAUAGCGACCCUAUAGGAUAGAGUAGAACUGCCCCAUAGAGUUUCAAGGAGCGCCUGGCGGAUUUGAACUGCCGACCCUUUGGUUAUCAGCCGUAGCACUUAACCACUACGCCACCAGGGUUUCCAAAGAAACAAAGAGAACUCUUAAAAAAGAGCAUUUUAAGAUGUGACAGGGAGCCAUGUGUGAAGAUGUAUGUGUGUAUGCGUGAGGGAAGAGCGCAGACUAUUCCUACCAUCAGUGUGUGAGGUUGUGUGUGUAUAUGCAAGGGAAGAGCGCAGACUGCUCCUACCGUCAGUGCGUGAGUGUGUGUGUGUGUAUGUGUGAGGGAAGAGCACAGACUAUUCCUACCAUCAGUGCGUGAGGGUGUGUGUGUGUAUGCGUGAGGGAACAGUGCACACUGUUCCUACCAUCAUUGUGUGAGGUUGUGUGUGUGUAUGUGUGAGGGAAGAGUGCAGACUGCUCCUACCGUCAGUGCGUGAGGGUGUAUGUGUGAGGGAAGAGCGCAGACUGCUCCUACCGUCAGUGCGUGAGGGUGUAUGUGUGAGGGAAGAGUGCAGACUGCUCCUACCGUCAGUGUGUGAGGGUGUGUGUGUGUAUGUGUGAGGGAAGAGCGCAGACUGCUCCUACCGUCAGUGUGUGAGGUUGUGUGUGUGUAUGUGUGAGGGAAGAGUGCAGACUGCUCCUACCGUCAGUGCGUGAGGGUGUAUGUGUGAGGGAAGAGCGCAGACUGCUCCUACCGUCAGUGUGUGAGGGUGUGUGUGUGUGCGUGAGGGAAGAGCGCAGACUGUUCCUACCGUCAGUGUGUGAGGGUGUGUGUGUAUGUGUGAGGGAAGAGCGCAGACUGCUCCUACCGUCAGUGUGUGAGGUUGUGUGUGUGUAUGUGUGAGGGAAGAGUGCAGACUGCUCCUACCGUCAGUGCGUGAGGGUGUAUGUGUGAGGGAAGAGCGCAGACUGCUCCUACCGUCAGUGUGUGAGGUUGUGUGUGUGUAUGUGUGAGGGAAGAGUGCAGACUGCUCCUACCGUCAGUGCGUGAGGGUGUAUGUGUGAGGGAAGAGCGCAGACUGCUCCUACCGUCAGUGUGUGAGGGUGUGUGUGUGUGCGUGAGGGAAGAGCGCAGACUGUUCCUACCGUCAGUGUGUGAGGGUGUGUGUGUAUGUGUGAGGGAAGAGCGCAGACUGCUCCUACCGUCAGUGUGUGAGGUUGUGUGUGUGUAUGUGUGAGGGAAGAGUGCAGACUGCUCCUACCGUCAGUGCGUGAGGGUGUAUGUGUGAGGGAAGAGCGCAGACUGCUCCUACCGUCAGUGUGUGAGGUUGUGUGUGUGUAUGUGUGAGGGAAGAGUGCAGACUGCUCCUACCGUCAGUGCGUGAGGGUGUCUGUGUGAGGGAAGAGCGCAGACUGCUCCUACCGUCAGUGUGUGAGGUUGUGUGUGUGUAUGUGUGAGGGAAGAGUGCAGACUGCUCCUACCGUCAGUGCGUGAGGGUGUAUGUGUGAGGGAAGAGCGCAGACUGCUCCUACCGUCAGUGUGUGAGGGUGUGUGUGUGUAUGUGUGAGGGAAGAGUGCAGACUGCUCCUACCGUCAGUGCGUGAGGGUGUAUGUGUGAGGGAAGAGCGCAGACUGCUCCUACCGUCAGUGUGUGAGGGUGUGUGUGUGUAUGUGUGAGGGAAGAGUGCAGACUGCUCCUACCGUCAGUGCGUGAGGGUGUAUGUGUGAGGGAAGAGCGCAGACUGCUCCUACCGUCAGUGUGUGAGGGUGUGUGUGUGUGCGUGAGGGAAGAGCGCAGACUGCUCCUACCGUCAGUGCGUGAGGGUGUAUGUGUGAGGGAAGAGCGCAGACUGCUCCUACCGUCAGUGUGUGAGGGUGUGUGUGUGUAUGUGUGAGGGAAGAGUGCAGACUGCUCCUACCGUCAGUGCGUGAGGGUGUAUGUGUGAGGGAAGAGCGCAGACUGCUCCUACCGUCAGUGUGUGAGGGUGUGUGUGUGUAUGUGUGAGGAAAGAGUGCAGACUGCUCCUACCGUCAGUGCGUGAGGGUGUAUGUGUGAGGGAAGAGCGCAGACUGCUCCUACCGUCAGUGUGUGAGGGUGUGUGUGUGUAUGUGUGAGGGAAGAGUGCAGACUGCUCCUACCGUCAGUGCGUGAGGGUGUAUGUGUGAGGGAAGAGCGCAGACUGCUCCUACCGUCAGUGCGUGAGGGUGUAUGUGU